AUGUCGUCAACAUCAUUUACAAUCACCAGUACUCAAUUUAGUAUCUUUGCUGGUUUACCUAUAUUUAUUUUUGGUAUAAUUGGAAAUCUAAUCAAUAUUGGCGUUUUAUUUUCAAGUCUAUCAAAUUCAUGUUCAUUUUUAUUAUUCGUUGCAUCAUUUUUCAAUAUUAUUGCAUUGUCAGCGGGUCUUCUUCCAAGAGUGUUAGCUAUUGGAUUUGGCAUUGAUCCAUCAUUGACUAAUCUGAUCUGCUGUAAAAGUCGUCUGUUCAUUUCAUAUAUCGGCACCAUUACUUCUUUAGCAUUUAUUUGUCUUGCCUCCAUAGAUAGAUUCUUUUUAUCAUGUCGAAGUGUAGCAUGGCGCAAUCGAAGUAAGCUGAGCACAGCAAAAAUUGCUACUCUUAUAACCAUUCCAAUAAUUAUCGCCAUUAAUCUACCAUAUCUACUUUUCUACACAAUUAUUACAGUAAAAUCUGCUACAGGUAACACUACUACAAGAUGUUCUUCCACUAAUCCUGGUUUGGUUUUUUAUGGAAAUUAUUUUGUUCGACCUGUUCUUCUCAGUAUAUUACCUGGUACAAUAUUAGGUAUAAGUGGUUGGCUUACAUAUCGUAAUAUUACUUCGAUUACUCGUAUUCAAAUCCGUAGCACAUUUCAACGAAGUUUUACUUCGAUGAUACUUUUACAGAUCUUUACAGUUGUUAUUCCAAUAAUACCUUUUGCGACAAUGAAUAUUUACCAAGUUAUAACAUCAUCAAUGACAAAGUCAUCUUAUCGUAUAGCGCAAGAAACGCUGGUUCUUGAUAUAUCUAAUAUUAUUUUAUAUAUUAGCUACGCAUCAAACUUCUAUGUAUAUCUUAUUUCUGCCUCGUCCUAUCGUAGAGAUUUUAUGCGGCUUGUUCUGUUUUGUUAUGGUUAA